UCCGUGUAGUUCCGUGAAGUUGAAAAUUAAAACAAAAUAAUUUGAUAAAAAAAACUUGCAUUUUCAUAGAUAUUUUUCUUAUAUCGUAAUGAUGUUGCGGUUGCGGAUGCUUUGGAGUUUCAUCUCUUUUUAGAAACAACUAACUAGACAUCAUUGGAAUUUGGAACACUUGUGACUGCCUCCGGAAAGGUAAUUCCAGCAGUUAUCAAUUAUGAUUCGAAUUGUUGGCGAAUAAUAUCAUUUGAUUUCAACGGAAGGAGGAAGAUUCCUGAAGUUCUCAUUCAGCUCUGAUUCAAAUAAUACCUACUUAUUGUUUCGGUUCGCAGUAAACAACGAUAUCAUCGAGCAUCGACAUUUAAAUGAUUAUCAAUUGAAAUGGCUCCAGUAGUACGCAUUCCCAAUUUGAAAGAAAUCGCAUCUACAUGCGUAGCAGUCGCUUUAUGGAAACACAUAGAUCUUCCUAGUAUUUUGUGGGCGAACCAUAAUGACGAAAAUAGCGAUUUUCCGUUAAUCCGCCAUGUAUUCGAAUCAAUGAAGAAAUUGAAAGUUCCUCAACGCAUUACAGAACUUCUCAAGACCCAAGUUCAGAAAGUAAAAGAAGAAUUGAAAGAUUGGGUUCUUUAUUUAUCCUAUGAUGUUCUCCGCUGUAAUGGACGUAAGAACGAAUUGUAUUACGAUUUAAAUGAUAUAGUUUGGUAUUCAGAUGGCACCAUUAAUCGUAAAGCAACGGCUAGAAAUUUAUUGAAUUCUCUCAGAUUUAGCGAGAUUGAAAAGUAUCACAUUCUAUGUCACUAUUCUUUGAUAGAUGAUAUUGAUCGCUUAUCACCGUUGCUAUUUACGAAAAAUAUCGUAGAUCAUGUCGAGUUUCGUGACGAUGCGUCGAUUUAUUAUUGGAACUGUUACUUCCGAAAAGAGUUGGAUAAAGUGCCCAAGGAAGGAAAUUUAUCCCUGGAUGUGUUCAUGUUUCGACAUGAGGCUCUAUAUUGGUGGUCGGCGAAAGAGCCCUUUUUCGAUCGAUUAAAUGCGGAAGAGCAAGUCGAGAAUAUUAUCUGGUUGAUUGAUCAUGAUGGUGAUACGUAUUCGUAUAUAAAACUAGCAUUGAUGAAAUUGUCUGAGAAUCAAUUGAUUCAGGUUUAUAUGGCUCGAGCUGUAGAGAUAAUAGACCUGUUUUUACAAGAUGAUAAUAAUUAUAAAGAAGUUAUUUCAACGUGGUACGAUUUUCGCGAUUUCAUCACUCAAGAACAGUUUGUGUCUGUGUUCACGACUUUGCUAGAUUCGCAUGUUCCUGGCGCUAUUUUAACAGAAAUUUGGACCAGCGCCGGUGAUGAUUUCAGAGCUUAUAUUCUAAAUCAAGAACAUGUAAUUUUUGAAAAAACGUUGAACUGGUUCAAAAAAGCUGGAGACGAAAGUUUUUUAAACACGUUGCUCCAAUAUGCGAAUGAAAAUCUCAAACAAGAAAUGAUUACAGGACCAUUUUUCAGAAAAUUUUGCGAAGAAUUAAUUGAUCAGAUCCAUGAUGUUAAAUUAACGAAGCUGGAACGUCUAUUUAAUGAAUGGUCUCUAAGUGAUGGCGAUAAUUUGAUUCAAUUUAAACGAGAAUUCACGAAGACUACAUUGUUUGCCGACGUGUGUGAUUCAGUGUUGAAAGAUGCCAUAAACGAAGAUGAAGAAGAUAUUACUUUAUCAAAGUUGAAAGCGUUGGAGCAAUUGUGGAAUAUAUGGUUUACUAAUGCCGAAGAAGUAACCAGUUUCAAGCAAGAUUUCACUGGAAAGGUAUUGUUCCAAAAUUGUUGCAAAAAAUUAUUCGUUUAUGAAAGAUUCUACGCUUUAGAAUCGUUACUGAACUUAUGCCUCGCAGAUGAUGGAGAAUUUGAACGAAAUUUCACGAAAAAUAUAUAUUUGUAUGAUUAUUGCAAAGAAUUUAUGGUACCCGGAAAAGUAUGUUUUCUCCAACAAAUUUUGAAGGCAUGUUUUGGUAAUAUCCGUUUACUGACUGAAUUUCAAAACAAACUAAUAACUGAAAGAUUUUUCGUAGAUAGAUGUGAGAGAGUGAUUGAACGUAAAGAUUUUUUCUUUCUGAAAAUGUUGUUCGAUUGUUGUCUUUCAAAUGCCGAUGCCGAGCAAGCGAAGAAAUUCAAACUGAACUUUGUAGAAGAUAUGGUUAAAAGUCGUUUUAAUAGUUUUCUUCAUUACUGGGAACCUGCAGAUGUAAAUCAGUUGUUGAAUUUAUGCCUUCCUAAAUCCCCUGAAUCGGUUCAGUUCAUGCGAAAUUUGGUAUUUAAUUCAGCCAACUUGAGACACCAUUGCUUCUGGUGGUAUCGGACACCCUCAAUGAUUAAUGAUUUGCUCAUGGAGCUCCUAUUAUCACAGCCAAACCUCGUAUCAGAAUAUAAAAAACAUAUCUGGUUGUCAUCAAGUGGUACGUAUAAAGCUGAACGCAUUUUUUCAGAAAAUGGUGGAAAUGCUUUGAAUGAGAUCAUUGCCGAUAUUUUUGCUGAUGAUACAGAUUCGGCGAACGAAUUGAAAAAAAAUUUCGCAUUUUGUCCAGAAUAUAUGAAAAAACUGCAACAAAUGAUACUCGACGGUGAAGCAUUGAGCCAGGUGAAGAAACACAUCGACAUAUUUCUUCAGUCAAACGAAGAUCGACGAGCAUUGAAGAAGCAAUUAAUUGAUAAUCUGCAGCCGAAAAUCGCUGAAAUCUUUCAUAAUUACGGUCACUCAGGAUGGCAAUCUUUGAUGGAUUGGUAUAUAGAAGACAAAAAAUCGGUACGAGAGUUGAAAUGGAAAUUACCAAUUGAUGAUAUUUUCGAACGUGUAUUCAAAGAUUGCAUUUUUCAAACGUAUGACGAACAUCAUCGAGUAUAUCGUUGCACAUUGAAGAAAAAUUUUGUGUUUGAUUCGAUAGAUGUACUUCUGAAUUGGUAUUUUGAAACGCCGAAGGAAAGAAAAGAGUACAAGAUUCAGAAACUUGAUGCUUACGAGAAUAUCAAAACGAUUAGCACGUUGUUGAAGAAGAAUUGCCAUUCUUCUUAUGUGACGAAAUUAAUGGACUGGUUUUUUGAAAACGAUUUGGUUGAAAUGGCUAAAUUCAAAAAGAAGCACAAAGGAGAACACUUCGUCAAUAUGAUCAGAAUUUGUCGCGAAAGUUAUUUUGGAAAUAGACGUACGUUGUAAAAGCAGAUUUUUGAAUUUUAUCGUUUCUGUAGGGAGUUGAUUUUGAAUUGUGAUUUUUUUAUUUUUAUUUGAAUUAAGUAUACCGAUGUAUUUUUUAUUUAAUUUGGACGUGUUCAUUUUAAGUGAAUGUAAAUCUAGUACAUUUUUUAGUUUUGUAGGUACCUGCGUAGUUACUAUGAAAUGAAUUCUGUUGUUUUACACUUAGGUAGGUUCGUUAAGUGUUUUUGUAUGAAUCAUAUUGGUAAGUUUAAAAGUUGAAAAUUAUUUUUAUUUUUGUUUUCGUUUUGUAGGUACUUAUUUUAAGUUUUGACUUCGAACAUGCACUCGUUAGUUCAUCUUUGUACUGAUAUUGUUUGAUUUAACAUCGUUUUUAUUAAAAUGA